AUGGCCCUAGCUGGCUGGGCCCCCACCCGCGCCGGGGCGCCCGCGGGCGCCGCGCGCCCUGCGGGGCCCUGGCGGGCGCCUCCCAUGGGCCCCAGGGCCAGGCCGAACCUCGCCCAGGGCCUAAGUCGAGGCACAGCCCUGGUGCUGACUGCCGCCGCACUGAUCCAGCGCCGGCGUUGUGCGCUGCGCGCCGGCAGCGAGGUUGCGCCCACGGACUACUACGGGCUUCUGGGCAUCCCGGCCUACACGUCCGACAAGAAGGAGAUCAAGGCGGCGCACAGGAGAACGGUGAAGCUGGUCCAUCCGGAUAUUCUGGGCGCCGCCAGCGGUGACUUGCAGGCCAUCGUUAACGUCGCGUAUCGCACUCUGAGCGAUGACGAGAAGCGUGAAACUUACGACACCACGCUUCGGCGAAGCAAAAUGGCAGGUAUUGCCAUGAGCCAGUGGAACAAGAAGGGGCCCGAAGGCCUCUUCGUUGACGAGACCGUCUGUUCCAGCUGCCUCAAGUGCGCCACCCAGUGCCCGGGAACCUUCGAAGUGGACCCAAGGACAAUGAAGCCCCACGUCUACAUGCAGUAUGGCAGCGACCAGGGCGACCUGGACAUUGCUGUGUACGGGUGCCCGGAGCAAGCGAUUUCGAAGGUGCCCCGAAAGCUGGUGCCCCUGCUGGAGUACGCCAUGGGAAAAAGCAGGUCGCUCCAGGGUCGGCUCAAUCCCUUCCAGCUGCUUGCUGCUGCCCACUGCCGGGUCGUGGUGCUCACGAACCCGCAGGAGCUGGGGGCCUUGCCACCGGACGCGGCGUUGCGCGAGGAGUACGAUGGCAUGAUGACGUCGCUGAAGGAAGACUUCCGCUCUGUUCGAGACAAAGUGCUGGACAAGUAUCUCUCCUGCGACGAGGAUGCCAAGCGGGAGGCAGCGGACAAAAUCUCCAAGAGUGGCCGGCCUUCGGCGCAAGUGAACGACGAGGACGACGAGAGAGGAGUCUUCGUCGAUGAGUCGAUCUGCUCCAGAUGCUACAAAUGCGUGGAGGUCGCUUCAUCGACCUUCGCCGUCCAUAGGAGCCCCGAGCGGGGCGAGAAGGCACACGCAGUGAUGCAGGAUGCCGAUGCCGCGGAGAUCCUCGAAGCAGCAGUGCUUCGCACCUUACAGGUGCUGAGCAGGUAA